AGAAGAAGAGUGACGUCACACGUUGUUGCUGCUCUACGACCCUUUACGUCUCGAGCUUCAUGUCUUCUUAAAAGUACACGUCUAAAUACAGGCAGGUCCCGAGUGUGUGUGGGGAUUAAAAUGAAAUAAACACACUCCUACACAGUUAAGUGAUGCCAUAGACGAAAGUGUCAGAGCCCAGGCUUCUCCAUCAGGGAGGACAGAGGUCUCCUCAGCAAUGGCAACUGAACUCCAGGAGACCAUAUUCAUGGCCAAACAGGAACGCCACAAGAACCUGUUCCUCAACUACAGGAGCCUGAACGUCUUUCCCGUGGAGCUGCUGAAAGAUGAAGGCCUACAGUAUCUGGAGAGACUGUACAUGAAGAUGAACUCGCUCACUACACUGCCUGACAAUCUGGCUCAGAAGCUCCCCAACCUAAUUGAACUGUAUUUGCACUCAAACAACAUAAUGAUUAUUCCUGAAGCUAUUGGAAACCUGGCUAGGCUGCAGUCCUUGGAUCUGAGCAGUAACGCCCUCCAGCUCCUCUGUCCAGAGAUUGGCCGACUGAGGUCCCUGCGACACCUGAGACUGUCCAAUAACCAGCUGAAGUACCUUCCUCCAGAGAUCGGUGAUCUGCACGAACUGGAGACUCUGGACGUGUCCAUGAAUCAGCUGAUGUCUCUACCACAUCGUCUGCAUCGCUGUUUGUCUCUACAGAAUCUGACAGCCGACCACAACCUGCUGUGCCAUGUUCCCCGGCAGCUCUGCUGGCUCCACCGCCUCAACCAGCUCUCCAUGGCCGCCAACCGGCUGACCUUUCUACCGCUGGAUCUGGGCAGAUCGCGGGAGCUGCAGUUUGUUUUUGUGGACAAUAACAUGGACCUGAAAGGCCUCCCCUCAUACUUGUAUAACAAGGUCAUCGGCUGCAGCGGGUGCGGAGUGUCGUCGCAGGUGUUGGAGAGCGACCUGAGAGAGGUGCCGGGUAACGCGCUGAGUCAAGCUCUGGUUGGGUUAUCGGCUGAGGUGAAGGUGGUUGGCUCAGAGACGGAGAACGUGGUUCCCCUGGAGGAGCUCGCCAUGAGGACACUGCACCGCAUCUACCACCACCGGCCAACAGACCUGAACUUGCUGCCUCCCAUCGCCCUCCCAAAGAGCCUCCUGGACCUGCUGCAGUUCCCCCUGGGUCACUGUCACCGCUGCAGCCAGGCCAUGUUCACCAUCAUCUACCCCAAACUAUUCCCCCUCCGUGACACCGCCCUGGCAGGAGUGCACCGCAGGACGACCGUGAGCUUUGUGGCCUAUUGCUGCUCCAGUCACUGCCUCCGGACAUUUGACCUCCAGGGUUAAAAUCCCCUCAUUCACCCGUUUACACAUUCGAUGAAGAAGGUGUUGACUGGGUGUCCAGCAGGUGCCAGAUAAAGAGCUUGUUGUUUGUGUGGAUCUUGAAUCUAUCUGUGUGCUGCAUCAGGGCAGGAAGUCUGUGCUUGAAACAAAGAACCGCAGAUUUGCAGCGUCUGGUGAUGUUUGAUGGAUCAGAUCAUGGACACAGGACUCGUUCUGCAGCGUUUCAACACGGUAGACGAAGACUCAAUCCGAGAUGGAGCUUCUGUCGGGAGUCAAACUCGAACGAUUGCACCGCUGUGUGUGUGUGGUGAGGGUCAAAAUAAUAACUACUGUGUGAACGCUGUGCACCACUGGGCUUCUGUCUAAAAACUAACAGUAUUAAACUUAAGUUAACUCAGUAAUUGGCACUUUUUAAGAACAAGCACUGUUUGAUAUUUGUGAAAUCAGUAAAUUCUCACACAGACGCAUCCCAUUGAUUGGGGAGUCAAUUCAUAUUAUUAAUAUGGAUUAUUUGACUGAUUACCAAGGACUAUUUGAAGGCUUGUAAUUUAAAAUAAUAUGUAUCUGUGUGAUGUGUGUAAUUUACAGCAGCGGAGAAGAACCUACCACAUUAACUUUCCUCGAGAAGCCAUGUGUCUUUGAGCAUGUGACACUCGUCUCACAGUGACGUCUGAAUUUAUACACUCUGUCAACAUGACACAUUUCAUGAGAUCAGACUUAUGGUCGUCAGUGUGACUUUAUUUCUAAAAUCUUGUCUCCAGUCAAUAAGAUGAGCCAAGGAUUGGUUUGACAUAUUUGUUAAACGGAUACCUGAAUGUUGUCAAGUCUCUUCUAAGGCAGGUAUCGAUUUUUAAAUGAUGGCUGGUUUUGGAGCAAAAGUAAAUAUGAAAUUUAUAUUUUAAAAACAAAUUUUUCCAUUACCAGCAUUUAAAUUUAAUAUCAGUGUAAAAUUUCAGGAUCCUACAAAGAUUCCUCAGAGGCACCGUUCGAUUCUCUCGUCGGACUGACGCCUGUGUGUUGAUAUUCAUGAUUGUACAGUGUAAGUUAUCAUUUGUUUUGAUUGUGUUGCUUUUGGCAAUAAAUGUUGACUGUUGUUUGA